AUGUCUGUCUUCGGUCGCAACCUCUACUCCAUCCCCGCCGCCGAGAACAAUUUUGGCAACUUCGGCAGCCUCGUCCGCUUCAUCGAUGACUGGGACAGGACCGUCAACUCCCCCUCCCAGCAGCAGCAGCAGCCCAGCCGCAACGGCGUGAGCCAGCAGGGUCACCAGCGCCAGCCCCGCCAGCUCGGCCCCGCCUUCGUCCCCAAGUUCGACCUCAAGGAGACCGAGGACAACUUCGAGCUGCACGGCGAGCUCCCGGGCAUCGCCAAGCAGAACGUGCACGUCGAGUUCACCGACCCGCAGACCAUCGUCGUCCGUGGCCGCGUCGCGCGCUCCUACACCUCCGGCACCCCGCCCGCGGGCCUCGCCCUCGAGGACGUCAAGGAUGAGAAGACCGAUUCGGAGAUGAGCGGCGCCAUUGGCGAUGAGCCCGUCAUGGUCAGCGGCACCGACCACCACGAGCAGGAGCAAGAGCAAGCCCACGACAACACGGACUCGCACCACGCACGCAAGUCGUCGUACCAAGCCACGGUCCAGGACGAAAACGACGACAGUUCCAUCACCACGGCCGAGCAGUCCACCCCGUCCACGACCACCACCGAGGUCGCGAAGCCCGAGUCGUCCUCCCCGGCCAAGACUCAGGUGCAGAAGUCCUCCGCGCCUCCCAAGCCACAGGCCAAGUACUGGGUCGCCGAGCGCACCGUCGGCGAGUUCGCGCGCACCUUUGCCUUCCCGUCUCGCGUCGACCACGAGGGCGUCAGCGCCUCGCUCGACAACGGCAUCCUCAGCGUCAUCGUGCCAAAGGCCAAGAAGCACGAGACCCGCCGCAUUGCCAUCAACUGA